AAAUAAUAACGCCCUCGGGAUUUCUACAAGUUUCAAAGUGAUUUGACGUGUUGCCAGUUCCACGAACCAUCAUCAUCCCCUAUAUGCAGAGAUAUGCGAUCAAGUAACUCAAACUAGCGGUUCCAGCAGAAUGCGCAUCGCCGAGACUAUUUGUUGGUGCCAUCUUCUCUCGUCAGACGGAUGAGUAUAAAAGCGACGGAAACAUCGGGGCGUCUUCUAUUUUCUCUCUUCCACCGCACUUGAAACGCAAUGAAAUCGAUCGAGAUUGCUUGCUGCAUUUGUCUGUUGGCUGGACUGGCCGCUGAUGCUGCCCACUUGAUUGGAUUCGGGCGUGGCUAUUCGGGCAGCCGUUACACGCUCUUACCUGCCGUCGACAAUUCGGCCCAGUGGUUCUCAUCAAUGCCUUACAUCCCCUACAACAUUCCCAUUUAUUACGACCAUCCAAUCCAGCAGCAAACUGGGGACGAUCGCAAUGCUGUAGUAGCUGCGCGCAACAACAUCAUCGCGUUAGACGCCGACUCAUCUGCCACCGCGGACGACGCCCGGGACCGUGACCAGCGCCAAAUUCAAAUUCGAUACAGACCUGGUUACAAGAAAGGAUAAGGAAGAAAAGAGAACUCUUGACGAGCA